GAAAUUUCAAAAUCUAACAGCAUGCGCUCCUCACCAUGGAGUACACGCCUAGAGCUUACUUUCAGUGACCAACAUGUUACAAGGCAUAUUUCAACAACUAAGGUUUGUUCUUCUGAACCGACACCUUGAACUUGCGUUAGGUGUCCUUACAGUUUCUGUCCUCUUGCAACUCACCCACUCUUUUUGUACCUACUUGUCUCGUCCGAAAAAUGUCCGCAUUCUGUCCAAGCCAUACUCACCUCUAACAUGGUUUAAAAAUUUCGAUUUCAUUCUUAACGCUCCGAGAACCAUACUUCGGGGUUAUCAGGAUCGCGGCCAUGCACAAGCUUUUGCCAUACCAUCAUUAGGAGAAUAUACAGUACUAGCAUGUACAGAAGAUGACAUUAAGGCUGUUUGUGACAUCGACGAGCCGGUUCUAUCUUUCCCUGAGGCCAUGACAGAUCGGCUCAAGAAUUACUGGACUAUGUAUGGAUUCCAGGUCGGAGACAUCGAUCCACAUUCUAGUAUACCAAUGAGGGUCAUUAAAGUUCUAUUGCGAAUGCAUCUCCCUGUGCUCCGACCUGUCAUUGAAAGCAGAAUACGGCAGGGGUUUGAGAAGGCGCUUGGUAAAGGGUGCAGGGUCGAUGGGUACACCUCCGUCUCCACCUAUAUGCUGUCGAGAACGGUGAUAGACGAGAUGAACGUUCGGAUCAUUCUAGGCGACGAACUCUCAGAAAAACCCGGAUGUGUCGACACAGCGAUUCGCUAUACUGAAGACGUGGUCGUGACUGCUGAGAUUUGUCGACAGCUUCCAUCGAUCUUAACUCCGGUUAUCGCUCCUUUAAUGAUGGGCUACAGGCGUUCGAUGCAAAAGCUUGCCGACUUUAUCACUCCGGUCGUGAAUGAGAGAAUUCGUCGCCAACUAACAAUGGAUACAUCAAAAACAUACGAUGACUGUAUUCAAUGGAUCAUUGAGUCAUCACGCACACCUGCUCAGCGCGCCACUAAACGGCUAGUCGGCCAGACCAUCGGCAUACUUAUGGCAUCUUCAUAUCAGAUGUCCAUGACUUUAGUAUACGUGCUGUAUGCUCUGUGCCAUCAUCCGGAAUACAUUCCGCCCCUGCGAGACGAGAUCACUAGAGAAAGGCACAAUCAGUCGGAGGAUCCAUUCAAGAAAAUGUAUCUUCUAGAUAGUUUUCUUCUCGAAGUGGCUCGGCUUAAUCCACCUGAAGCCUUGACAGUGCAAAAAAAGGUUAAACUGCCCUUCACACUACCUAGCGGUGUAUAUAUCCCUCCUGGAAACCUGAUAGCAGUUCCUCACCAAGCGCGCGCCCGAAACCCGGAUAUCUUCCCCAACCCGGAUCAAUUCGAUGCACGACGUUUCCUGCCGAAGCAUGAGCAGCAAUGCGAGACCGAAGCUAUCGCGAAGUUCACAGAUGUGAGCUACCGAUACUUGUACUGGGGGCCUCCUAAAAAAGCCUGUCCGGGGAGAUGGUAUGUGUCACAUGCACUUAAACAAGUGAUUGUGCAUAUGCUCAUGAACUACGACUUCAAGCUUGAGAAUAAGAGCGAUACUGGGGUAUUCUCCUGGACUACUAUCAUAUUCCCCUCUCCUACGAGCAGAAUUCUCUUUCGGAGAAGAGAACGGAGUUCUGGAAAUUAGAGGGAAGAUCUGUUGCUCUCUCGAUAUUGAUUGUAGAAAGGUGCCGUCGUCCGCCAUGUCUUCAAUUGGAGUGUGUGUGUUCUAGUGGCAGGAUACUCCACGUGCAUUCUUGUUGAUCUUGUUGUAAUACAAAAUUUCAGUCUUUA